AUGUUCUUCUGGCAGGGGAAGAACUUCGAUGAACCACGCCAAUACGGAGUGGGCUUCACAAUGAGGAAGAGCCUGCUGAAUACGGUAGAACCAGGCAGCAACGGCUCCGAGAGACUCCUCACUCUCCUCCUCAACACCACGGCAGGCCCUGUCACUCUCGUCAGCGUGUAUGCCCCGACACUCACUGCCACAUUGGACGUCAAGGACGAGUUUUACGAUAAGCUCGCAGCCACCAUCAACAGCAUCCCCAGCAAGGAGCAACUUGUUCUCCUGGAAGACUUUAAUGCAAGAGUGGGUGCAGAUCACAACACAUGGCCCACAUGCCUUGGACAAUUUGGCGUAGGCAAGAUGAACAACGGUCAAAGAUUGCUCGAGCUAUGGCAAACCCCUGCACAAGGUCUCCUGGAGCAUUGGUAUCAACUGGAUCUCAUCUUAGUCAGACGAACCGCCAUUAAGAACGUUCUUCAAACAUACUCUUACCACAGCAUAGACUGCGACAAACCACUCAUUGGCGUGUUGCAAGAUCAAGUUCCAGCCCAAGAGGUUCCACCGCGGCAAGAAGCAAGGGAACCCUCGGAUCGAUAUCAGCAGGAUGAGCCAGCCAGACCUUGUGGAGCAGUUUGCUGCGAGGUUCGAGAACAGAUAACCCCAGUUAUAGAUGCUAAGCGCGCUGCACUAGCAGAGUACAAACAGUCACCAAGUGAGAGAAACCUACAGAUUCUUCGAGCUACCAGGAGCAAGGCUCAGCAGACUGCCAGGCACUGCGCCAAUGAGUAUUGGACAGAGCUUAGUGUAAACAUCCAGACAGCAGCAAUCACAGGGAAUAUCAGAGGGAUGUACGAUGGUAUUAAGAUGGCAAUGGGGCCAGUGCAGAACAAAACUGCUCCCCUCAAAUCCACCAUUGGGGAAAUUAUCACAGACAAGGGGCAACAGAUGGAGAGAUGGGUGGAACACUACUCCGAGCUCUACUCCAGGCAAAACGUAACCUCCGCAGCCCUUGAUGCCAUCAAGGGUCUACCUGUGUUGGAAGAGCUCGACACCGAACCGAUCAUAGAGGAUCUGAGCAAGACUAUUGACAGCUUAGCCUCAGGGAAGGCCCCAGGUAGCGACGGGAUUCCCCCUGACCUGAUCAAGCACUGCAAGACCACCCUACUACUGCCACUGUAUGAAGUCCUCUGCCAGUGCUGGAAUGAAGGGGCCAUACCACAGGACAUGAGAGACGCCAAGAUAGUUACCCUGUACAAGAACAAGGGUGAAAGAAACGACUGCAACAAUUACAGAGGCAUCUCUCUACUUAGCAUAGUCGGCAAAGUCUUCACGCGAGUCAUCUUGGCCCGUCUGCAGAAAUUCACCGAACGUGUCUACCCAGAGUCAUAA